CGGGCAGUCAGCAGAGCUUACGCAGAGCCACGGCCUUUAUCUGCAAGCGGCUGCUGCCGCCUUUGUCGUAUGCUGGAAAAUUGUGGAUACGAUCACCGAAUCCGCGAGUUAUGGGGUCGACAGACGAGAUGCAGAGGCUGUAAUCUUUCGAAUAUUUGACCCCCAUAUGGACGAAUACUUGGACGAGGAGGUGGAAGCUGUCAAACGGGCGUUCGAUUCUAUCUGCCGAAACUGGAGUGAAAAGAGUUCGAACCAGAACAUGUCAUCUUCUGCCGUGUCUCCGACCAGAACUCGGUUUUUGGAAUCUCAGAAUCCACAGCAAGUCAAACGGAAUGUCGUCGCCGGCUUUACGGAC